AUGAAUGUUACAUCUAUGACAAAAACUGCUCAGGUUAUGGGAGAAGUCAUUGCUAUUGAACCUGAGGACGCAAUCCCUAUUGGAAGCGACCCUGUCAGAGUCUGUGUUAAUGUUGACAUGUCUAUGCCUAUGAGAAGAGGUGUGAAAUGCUCUACAAAUGCUGGGGUCACCAAAUGGCAGCAAUAUUUUUUCGAACGUCAACCCAAAGGAAUCUGCACAGAGUACUAUAUCAUAAAUCACUCUAAGGAGGCUUGUAAGGCUGCUGCUAAUUUUCUUAAAAAGGCUCAUGAAAAACCUUAUUUUUUUGGCAAGAUGAAUAGCAUACGCAAAAUCAUUAAUGAUGUUACGCCUAUUACUGAAACAUCCUCAACAAAAGCUCCAACAGUUAAGAAGAACCUGAUAGGGAUUAUCAUAGAAGAAGAAAGCAGAUUAGGCAAAAGGCAUAGGGUAGGUGAAAUAACAACUAAAAGCUCUCCAGCUACUGAAACUGAUUCUCAAAGUACUAUGCUGAAUCCAGUUCAAACCUCUAUGGAUACUCAACUGAUUGAAAAUGGAGUUAAUCCCAUAGUGCAGACACAUAAGGGGAAUCAGAAAGAUGGUUUCGCUUGCAACAUCAUUGACACUUCUCAUAACUUGUUUAAUAUUGUUGUACAUGCUGAUCUAAGUAAACCUGAAUUCAUGCUCAUCUGUAUGUAUGGUUACUCCAAUUACACUAGUAAGAAAGAUCAAUGGAAUCACAUUCAAAUAAUAAGUAAUGACAUUAAUAACCCAUGGGUUUUAAUAGGAGAUCUGAACUUCCACUUGCUUGACUGUGACACUAGUACCUCAACCUCAGCUGACGGUAUGGUAACUAAUAUAUUUGCUACUUGUGGCUUAGAGGACUUAGGGUAUGUUGGUAAAAGUUUUACUUGGACUAAUAGCAAUAUAGGUGCUGGUACUAAACACUCUAGAAUUGAUAUGGCCUUAGGAAAUGUAGACUGGAAUCUUAAUUUUCCUAAUAGUAAGCUUUAUCACCUUAAUCAAGUAGGGAGUGAUCAUAGUCCCAUCAUGUUAGUCACAGAUGCUAUCACACCUAGUUGUUGGAAACCUUUCAAAUUCUUUUUAACUUGGCUUAAUGAUCCAUCAUGUAAAACUGUUAUUGCCAAUGCUUGGAAUUCUUAUGUUAAUGGCUCACCUGCUUAUCAACUGCACAAGAUCAAAGGUGAAUUUUAUCAACAAAAGUCAAGGGACGACUUCAUCAAAGAUAUAGAAAACAACAGUAAAUACUUCCAUAGCAAGGUCAACAACAGAAAGUGCAGAAAUAAUAUAGAUUCUAUUCAAGACCAUGAGAAUAAAUGGCUUCAAACAAGAGAGGAGAUUUCUGGUCAUCUUACUAUGCAUUUUAAGAACAUAAGUACUUCUGUCAAUCCCAAUCUAGAUGAAAAUCUUUACAAUGUCCUUCCUUCCAUAAUUUCAGAUGAAGACAAUUUGGCUCUUACAAGGAUUCCAUCAAAUGAGGAGAUUCAUAGCACAUUCAAAAGCAUGGAAAAUUGGAGUGCACCUGGUCCAGAGGGGUUCCAAGCUGGUUUUUAUAAAAGUCAGUGGGAUAUAGUUGGGGAAGAUGUUUGUCUAAUGGUGAAAAGGUUUUUUGAAAGUAUGCACAUCCUCAAGCAAAUUAACAAUACUUAUAUUUCUUUAAUUCCAAAGAAGAAAAAGGCAAUCAGUGCAGCUGAUUACAGACCCAUUGGUGUGUGUAAUACUUCUUAUAAAGUUAUAUCUAAAGUCAUUGUUAAUAGAAUGAAGCCUCUAAUGGAGAAACUAAUUUCACCAUUUCAAGCUGCUUAUGUUUCUGGCAGAUUGAUAAGUGAUAAUACUGUGAUAGCUCAAGAAAUCAUACAUUCAAUAAAGAAAAAGAGAGGAGAAACGGGUUGGAUGGAUUUGAAACUUGACAUGUCCAAAGCUUUUGAUAGAUUGGAAUGGUCAUUCUUGAUUAAAGUACUUCAGUCUUUGGUUUCUCUGAGGAUUUUUGUGAUCUGA